AUGGUCGCCUUGAAUUUCAGGAUACUGUAUGCUCUUCUUGCCUCAUUAACGCUCCUCCAUGUCGUGGUCGCUAGGGAUCUCGUCACCGAUCUGGUGCGUCGAGGCCGACCGGCCAUGAAUGCGGCGAUAGCAAACUCUACGACAUGUACCAAGGAAAAACUGCGUAUCCGUCGAGAAUGGGGAGACAUUAGCGCGCGUGAAAAGCGCGCCUACAUUGCUGCCGUGCAAUGCCUCAUCAAAAGGCCGUCUCAGCUUGACCCCGUCCAGUACCCAGGCGCAAAGUCACGAUUCGACGAUUUUAUCGUCAUCCACAUGAAGUACACGCUUAGGAUCCACGGAACUGGUAACUUUCUCUCGUGGCAUCGCUACUACACUUUUGCCUAUGAGACGGCGUUGCGAACAGAAUGCGGAUUCAAUGGCACGCAGCCAUACUGGCAUUGGGGGCGCUAUGCCGACAGCCCAGAGACAAGCCCACUCUUCGAUGGCAGCGACACGAGCAUAGGUGGCCAGGGAAAAUUCGUACCGCACAACAGUAGUACUGUCAGACCUGCAGGUCGAGGUGGUGGGUGUAUUGACAGUGGACCGUUUAAGGGGUUGAUGAUUAAUCUUGGGCCUGUCGGAAUGAUCGAUUACCCGAAACCAACCAACAACUCUCGCGCCGACGGCUAUGGAUACAAUCCUCGUUGCGUGACGCGCGAUAUUAGCAAUUAUCUUACCUCGCGCUACACUAGAACACCACAGAUUGCGGCCCUCAUCCUGAACCACACCACUAUUGGCGAUUUCCAAGACACCAUGCAAUUAAGGACUGGUGUUCACGGCGCCGGCCAUUUUACUGUAUCCGGAGAUCCUGGAAGCGACUUUUACACUUCGCCCGGUGACGUGCAUUUUUACUUUCAUCAUGCCAUGAUCGAUCUGGUGUAUUCGACUUGGCAGUCUCUCGAUUUCCCACACAGACAGCAGGUCAUUGCGGGUGGCACGCGUAUGUUCGACGACGCCAACAACAGCACGCGCCAGACCUUGGAAGACGUGGUCGAUCUGGAGGUGUUGAACGUGGAUGGCAAGAAGUACAAGAUCAAGGAGUUGGUCAGUACAGUUCGCGGGCCUUUCUGCUACCUCUAUCAAUAA